AUACUAGGUGUUCACCACUUUAAUAUGUUACAACUAACAAUUUAUCUAUUUGUGUCCCAAAAAAUAUGUUCCAAUACAAGUUCUUAUUUAUUAUAAGUGAAACUACUUUAAUAUAAAGCGCAUGAAUAGGGUGUAUAAUUCGACUCCAUAGCUUUUAAUCAUAAAGAAUCAAUAUUGAUCAUAUAUACACAAGCAAAACCUAAUGUUAACUUUUCUAAAUGGAACCUUCUUAUUUUGGUUCCUUACACUCAUCAUCAUCAUCAUCUUACUAUGUUCAUUACCAAUAUGGAAUUCAAACCCUUCAAUCAACAAAAACUCACCACCUUCUCCUCCAAAACUUCCAAUACUAGGAAAUCUCCAUCAACUAGCCACUUUGACUCACUACAAACUCAAAUCCUUAGCUCAAAUCUAUGGUCCCUUAAUGUUACUUCACUUUGGCAAUGUUCCAAUUCUUGUUGUCUCAAAUUCUAAAGCUGCAUGUGAAAUCCUCAAAACAUAUGACCUUGUUUUUUGUAAUAGACCACAUAGAAAGAUGUUUGAUAUCUUUUGGUAUGGUUCUAAAGAUAUAGCAUCAGCUCCUUAUGGUCACUAUUGGAGACAAAUAAGAAGUAUAUGUGUUUUGCAUCUUCUUAGUGCCAAAAAGGUUCAAUCUUUUUGUGUAGUAAGAGAAGAGGAAAGUGUAAUAAUGAUUGAAAAGAUUAGAAAGUGGUGUUCUAAUUCUUUGUUGCAACCAAUGAACUUAACUAAUUUGUUAUGUGAAACAACUAAUGAUAUUGUGUGUAGAGCUACACUUGGAAAGAGAUAUAGUGAUGAAGGUGAGGGAAAACUUAGAGAAGCAGUGGCUGAGUUGGAAGUUUUGUUAGGUACUUGUGUUUUAGGGGAUUAUGUACCUUGGCUUGAUUGGUUGGGAAAAGUUAAUGGUUUGUAUGGUAGAGCAAAAAGAGUUGCUAAGGUGUUUGAUGAGUUUUUGGAUCAAGUUGUUGAAGAGCAUGUUAGUGAUUGGUUGGAGAAAAGUAAAAAGGGACUUGGUGAUUUUGAUAAUCAAGAACAUAAUGAUUUUGUGGAUGUUUUGCUUUGGAUCCAAAGGGCAAAUGCCACUGGAUUUGAGAUUGAUAGGACAAUAAUCAAGGCCUUGAUCAUGGAUAUGUUUGGUGCAGGUACAGAUACUACCCUUGCAGUCUUAGAAUGGACAAUGACAGAACUUUUAAGGCACCCAAAUGUGAUGCAAAAACUACAAAAUGAGAUAAGAAAUGUGGUUAGCCAAAAAGGUCACAUAACUGAGCAAGAUUUGUACAACAUGCAUUACUUGAAAGCAGUAAUUAAAGAAACUCUUAGACUACACCCACCAUCACCAUUAUUAAUUCCUAGGGAAUCAAGGCAAGACACAAAAAUUAUGGGCUAUGACAUUGCAGCUGGAACACAAGUAAUAGUUAAUGCAUUUGCAAUUUCAACAGAUUCUUCUUAUUGGGAUCAACCUCUAGAAUUUCAACCUGAGAGAUUCUUGAAAAAUGUAGAUAUUAAUGGAAAUGAUUUUCAAUUGAUCCCAUUUGGAGCUGGAAGGAGGGGUUGUCCUGGAAUAAGUUUUGCUAUGGUUGUGAAUGAGUUGGUUUUAGCUAAUCUUGUUCAUCAAUUUGAUUGGUCAUUGCCUAAUGGAGUGGAGAGGGAUAUGGCUUUGAAUAUGUCUGAAACUACUGGGUUAACAAUUCAUAGAAAAUUUCCCCUUAUGGCUAUUGCAUCUCCACAUUUAUAAGAAGUGAUACUAGAGGAAUAUUGUUGGUUAUUUGUAUUGAAGUUUCAUAUUGCCAAUACUUUUGGAAUAUAUAUACAUAUCAAAUUACAUCGGUGUAACUUUAUAAAUGUUGCACUCAAUUUAAUCCAUUGAUC